UAUUCUUAAACCCGUGUCCUGAAACCCUCGGCACACUAUCAAAACGAUGUCGUCUCUAUCUCGUGUUCUCCGUGGCAUUUCUACGAUCCGCCGUUUUUCCUCCGCCGCCACCGUAGCCUCCGAAACCACGGCAGUCUCGGCCGCAAUCUCGCCACCUCAAAAGUCACUUGCCAGUAUAGUAAAUGGCGAACGAAACCCCAAACAGAUCGUGGAGAAGUUCAAGAAGGCAUGUGAGUCGGAUCGGUUCCGGAAUAACAUAGCCGUGUACGAUAGAACCGUGCGCCGCCUCGUCGCAGCUAAGAGAUUAAACUAUGUCGAAGAGAUUUUGGAGGAGCAGAAGAAGUACCGCGACAUGUCAAAGGAAGGAUUCGCGGCGAGGAUCAUUUCUCUCUACGGGAAAGCGGGUCUGUUUGAAAAAGCCCAGAAGGUGUUCGACGAAAUGCCUGAAAGAAACUGCAAAAGGUCAGUGUUAUCCUUCAAUGCCUUGCUUAGUGCAUAUGGGCUUUCCAAGAAAUUCGAUGUGGUUGUAGAACUUUUCAACGAGUUACCAGGAAAGUUAUCAAUCAAACCAGAUAUUGUAUCUUACAACACUUUGAUCAAGGCGUUGUGUGAGAAGGGUUCUUUACCCGAAGCUGUUGCAUUGCUUGAUGAGAUCGAGAACAAGGGUUUGAAACCUGAUAUAGUCACAUUCAACACAAUUCUACUGUCGUCGUAUCUAAAGGGACAGUUCGAGCUAGGGGAAGANAGAUAA